AGAAUAGUGCAUCUUGAUAUGAAAGGCGCUCCGUUGAAGGUUGAUUAUUUGGAAAAGGUGUUCCAAGUAAUCAAAUCAUGGGGUGUGACUGGAGUUCUUCUGGAAUGGGAGGAUACCUUCCCAUAUACAGGAGAAUUGGAUGAAAUCGGUAGUGUGAAGAAUGCUGGAGGUGACAACUUGUACAGCUUGGCUGAAGUCAAACAUCUGUUGGCUUGCAUCAAGGAACUGGGGAUGGAAGCUAUACAACUGGUGCAAACAUUUGGGCAUAUGGAGUUUGUUUUGAAGCACCCUGCGUUCCGUGAGCUGCGGGAGAUAGAGCAGGCCCCGGCUGUGAUGUGUCCUACCAAGUUGAAGUCUCUGCAGCUGGUGAUGGCGAUGGUAGACCAGGCUUUAGAGGUCCAGCCUGACGCUGCCUUCUUUCAUAUUGGGGCUGAUGAGGUGUGGCACGCAGGCAUCUGCGAGGACUGCCAGGCAAAGCUGGGGGAGGACAAGAUGACUAAAGCUAAGUUGUACUUGGAGCAUAUAAAGCGAGUGGUGCUUCAUGUGAAGAGUCGGAUGCCAAACAUAUCCGUGCUCAUGUGGGACGAUAUGCUGAGACCCAUGGAUGCGGAGACUUUGCGAGAAUACGCUAUAGGCGACCUCGCCAUACCUGUGAUAUGGCACUACAGCACGAUGGAGUGUUUCGGCCUAACGAAGGAAAUGUUCAACAUCUACACUCAACUGUUCCCCAAGGUCUUUGUCGGAACCGCGUUCAAAGGAGCUAAUGGGAGUUGUCAGGUAUUAUCACCAGCGGCCCGCUAUGUAAGCAACCACGAGGCUUGGCUGUCUCAUAUGAAAGAAAAUGAACGAGUCAACUUCAUCGGAGUGAUACUCACUGGCUGGUCCAGAUACGAUCACUACGCCACUCUAUGCGAGCUCCUGCCCGUGGCGUUGCCAAGUCUCGCAAGUUGCCUGAAGGUCCUACAUAGAGACAAUGACGGCAUACCUAUGGUAUCUCUGUUCCGUGUGUCAGGAUGCCGCCGCUUCACCCGGCGACGGAUAUGUCGUGCCCGCCCCAUAUCUCUGGCCGGCACUGACCUGGAUCCAGGUUCUUAUGCUAAACAUGCGCUAUGUGAAGAUAUACUGCCGUCCCAUGAGUGGCCUGGGGAGGAGGUGGCGAGGAGUAUUCACAGUUUUGUCAUACUGAGGGAGAGGGCCAUCGGACUAUUAACUAGCGAAAUGGUUCGCACCUGGCUGAAUCCGUGGCAGAUAGCUCGCAGGUACACCGUCCCAGUCCACGUCGAGGGCAUCAGGGUCACUGCACACCACAUACUAGGCGAGCUGGUAGCACUGAAAGCGGACCUCACGAACUCUUUGCUCCGUAUAACUGGAGAGCGGAGCACUGACGAAUGGAUCCACUCGUACAUCGAACCUCUGAUAACUAAAGUCACUCGACUGUGCAGGAUUGCUGACGAGAGAGUCGUUUGUGAAGCUGGAGUCAAACCUUUGUAA